AUGCAAAUUGUAAGUUCAAUUUGAUAGGACAGAGGUAUUCAAAACCAUUCUUGUUCAGCUGUUGUAUCCAUAACAGCAAAAUGUUCCAGAUCUAAGCUCUAUCAUGGGAAGAGAAUGAAUCGAAAGGAUGGGAUUCUUCAUCAAAACCUUGCAUUUUUAUCUCAUCAUUCUCUUUUGUAGUGGAGAUGAGCAAUUUCAGCAUUCAGACAAUAAAAGUCUUCUGUCCAAGUCAAGUCCUUCUUCAUUCCCUGAAUCUCAAAUUCCAAGGAGAGGCCUCAGCUUUUUACAUAAUGUAAGAACAAAGACUGCAAAAAAGAAAGCAGGCCUCAAUAUACUUAACAUUUUAAAUAUGCGACACAAUUAUAGUUUCCAAGUUGAUCCAACAAUUGUUUUAUCUAAUAUCCAACCACAGCAUAGGUCAUCUCAUAAAUUCUCACAAACUGAUGGAAUAAUAAAUGAUUCAUUGACUGACCCAUCUCUAAGGAGCAUGACAUUGUCUCCUAAGCCAGCAGAGAAGCAACAAGAAGCUGAAAGCCUUUUAAAUCUCAAUUCAGUAUUAAAGUGGAAUGUUCUUGGUGAUGAACAAUACAACAAAAAGGAAACAAGAUUUUCAUCCUCAACAUUACAAAUUAGUGCAAGUUGUGGAAUCCCAGCAAAUGGCACAUUUGAUCUAUCAAACAGGAAACUAACUGAGAAUGAAUUGAGGGGGAAAAUGGAUCCCAUUUUCUGCAAAGCUACACUGGACCAAAUUAAAAAGUUUAAUGCAAGUCUCAACAACCUUGAGACAGAUAUCGCAACCCUGAUUCCGUUAUUCCUUGAAAUGAAGAGUGUGUAUUUAAUUGAUGUGAGUUAUAACAAAAUAUUUAUAAAUACCAAAUCUGCAAAAGACAGCUAUAAUCUGCAGCACAACAAUCUUCUGUUUUUAAAUCUCAGUCACAAUCCCCUUAAAACUCUGAAAAACCUCAUUCUACCGAGAGGUCUCAAGAGCAUUGAUUUAUCUUUCACACAAAUUAACCAAAUACCAAAAGAAUUCAUUGCAAUACUUUCUCAAAUAGAAGAGGUAUUUCUUCAGGGGAAUCCAUUUAUAUACAACGCUGAAGCACUUAUGUCUAAUUUUAAUCCUGUACUUACAAUAAGAAAUCAAAAGCAUUUCUUUAAUGGAGGCAUUUCAUAUACAAAUUUUCCACAAUCCACAAUUCAUCAAAUAAUGUUACAUUGUUUCACUGAAGAACUUCCGGAAGGGUUUCAAAACACAAAAAACCCACAUAUUUUUCUUGACCUUAGCAAUAAAUCCAUACACAAUUUCCACUACUUACCAAAAUCUUUGCGUCAUUUUGAUUUAAGCAACUGUAACUUACAAGGAAAAGCUAGCCCUAAUCUUUUCCCAAAUUUAACUGUGUUUAAAAUUCAAAACAAUAAAAUAAAAAAAAUUUCACCAUAUCUCCCAGACUCAUUAGAGGAAUGUGAUCUUAGUAAAAAUAACAUACGUAAUUUCCCUUUCCAUGGGGCAGAGCAAAGUUUAAAAUUACUCAAUCUUUCUAGAAAUCUUUUAAAGCAACUGAAUGUGAACACUUCGUACCUUUCCCUAAAUAAUCUGGAUGUAAGCCAUAAUUUAAUUACAAAUCUGCUGGGUCACAUGGGGACAUUUCUGCCUGAACUGAAAUAUCUGAAUCUGUCAGAAAAUAAAAUAUUUUUUCUGCAACCUGGGUCUUUACCUAAAUCUUUGGUUGAGUUGGAUAUUAGCAAUAAUGCCAUUGCCAUUCUUAUGAAAGACAUGUUCCUCCAUUUGACCAACUUGAAAAUUUUAACCCUUCAAGGGGAACACUUUUUCUGUAACUGUGAAUUAUACUGGUUUGCAAACACAUACCUUGCUAAUCCACAAAUGCAAAUAAAUGGCCAAGAAAGACUUUUCUGUGGUUUUCCAAAGAAAAAGCGAGGUCUUAUGUUGCAAAACAGUCAUCUAACAAUGUUGUAUUGUUCUCUUGGUCUUCAAAUUGGAAUUACAGUUGUUACGGUCAUUUUGUUUAUGUCCGUCAUAUCUGUAUUAUGCUGGCAUUUUGAUGUUCCAUGGUAUUUAAAGAUGGGUUGGUAUUGGUGCAAGGCUAAAAGGAAACAAUAUGAGAAGAGACCAGAACACAAAAUAUACGAUGCUUUCAUUUCAUACAGUGAAAAUGAUGCUUCCUGGACUAAAGAAACUCUAUUAAAAAACCUGGAAGCCAGUGGAUUUAAAGUAUGUUAUCAUGAAAGGGAUUUCAUGCCAGGGCAUCCAGUUCUUGGAAACAUUUUUUACUGUAUCGAGAAUAGCCAUAAAGUUCUUUUUGUGCUAUCACCCAGCUUUGUCCACAGCUGUUGGUGCCAGUAUGAGCUGUACUUUGCUGAACACCGGGUUCUCACUGAAAACCAAGAUUCCCUCAUUAUGGUUGUAUUGGAAGAUCUGCCAGCCAACAGCAUUCCAAAGAAAUUCAGCAAGCUUAGAAAACUAUUACAAAGGAAAACCUACUUGAAAUGGAGUCCUGAGGAACACAAACAAAAGCUUUUCUGGCACCAGUUGUCUACUGUGUUGAAAACUAUGAAUGAGCCAGUGCUAAGAACACAGAGGAAAAGCUGCAUUAGGAAGCAGACAGAUUCAACUGAAUGAGAAGCAAUGCUGAUGAAGUAUUGGAAUAUUUGGAGUAUUAAAAAAAAAUCAAAUACUUCUUGAAUCAUCUGAAAGAUACAAUUAUUAGAAUACUGAUAAGGAACCAAAGUAAUGUUUUAAGUUACCAUUCUACAAAAGUGGCCUCUUAAAACCAGGGUAUUUCCUAGGAAACUGUUUGUUUAUAUAAGUACAAACACACUGCAGCAACCCAGAACUUCAUAAAAAGAAAACAAACCACCUAUAAAUAUCUUUCAACAUAAUUGAUAUCCACAAAACUUUAUGGAUAAGUACCUGAACACUUAGCCUACCACAGCACAAUCUCCUUUAAGAAUAACACUUCCAUACAUCAAAAACAUCUCAGAAACAAUCAACAGGCUAUUACAGUUACACAGCAUCAGCGCAGCACACGAACUAAUUAAAAACGCCCUCCAAAUCUUUUUCAGUAAACCAAAAGACCCAAUAGCUCAAGAAACAGGAGCAAACUACAACAUACAGUACAAGCCACUAUAUAGGACAGACAGGCAGAAAACUAGCAGAAUCAGCAGUCAGAGGACAUUAAAAAACGACUAUCUUAAAGAAUAUUAUCUAGUCAGAUAAUGAAAUGACAACAAGCAAACAAUUAAACUCAAGAGUACCAAGAACUCCACUGUUCAACUUCAGCUAAAUAUAUUCUCUUCUAUUACAUUCUUUGAUAACCAACUUUACAUUAUAUUUAUUCAUAAGUGCUUUAUCAAUUUAGUCUUUGAAUAUAAGUAUUUAUAGAAACCUUUCUAUUCUAUUCUAUUCUAUUCUAUUCUAUUUCUAUCUUGAAUAUGGCAACUUGGACUCUUUAUUGCUGUUAUUGUGUUCUUUUUUUACAAGUUGAUAAGCUAAUACUUUUCAUGGUUUGUUUACUCAGAGUUUUUGUUUGGCAAAUUUUAUUUUCUUCUGUAACUCUUGUUUCUAACAGACUUAAUUGCAGUUUAGUGUCUUGCAAUUCUUUAAUCAAUUGUAUCUUGAGUUAGUUUCAUGCUUCAAAUUUUCUUAUUUUGGCUUUUAACUGUAUUUUUCAUUUGUUGUGUUGUUUUUUUUUUAUUUUGCAGCUAAUUUAAUUAGAAAGCCCCUUGUAUGUGCUUUACUUGUAUCCCACAUAGUAAUGUGGGAGAUUCCUGGUGUCCUAUUUGUAUUAAAAGAAUUUCAAUUCUUGUUUACAUUUUUGUAAAACUGUGCCAUGGAGUCUUUUCAUUCAUUUUUCUAUCUAAAAUGAAAAAAUGACUGAAACUCGCGUCAUUAAAAUUGAGUUGUGAUCUCCAUAUAAUAUUGGGAGAAUUUCUAUUUCUUUGACUGACGGUGUUGAGGCCCAGAACAUUUUUUUUUGAGUAUGACUAAUGUCCUAUGAAAAAAAAUAGUGUAGUCUCUCAUUGUUGAAUUUAUAAUCCCCAAAUGAGUACCAAUUCCUCCUAUAUUGAAAUACCUCUUACAGAAGUUUCCCACAUUUUGUGUG